AUGAUCAACGCUAAACGACCAUCGGAAUGGUACGACCAAUUUUCCUCCUAUGAUCGGCUAGUCCGCGUAGUUGCAUACAUUAAUCGUUUCAUUAAUGAUUGUCGAAAACGUCCUCGUGCAACUGUAGUGAUACAACAACGUUCGGAUAUCGACGACUCCAUUCGCAUACUGGUUACCGAAUCCCAGCGAUGUUUUUUCACGACGUUAACACAUGAAUUGUCAACGGGGUCAAGUGUAUCGUCAAAACAGUUAUCCAAACUGCGCCCGUUUCUAGAUCCGUCUGGUGUGAUCUGCGUUGGAAGGCGAUUACUAAAUUCAGAUUUGCCAUACGGAUGUAAACAUCCUAUGUUAUUGGCAAAAGAAUCGCAUUUGUCAACAUUAAUCUGUCGCCGUCGGCACAGAAUAUCAUGUCAUGCCGGUCCGCAAAUCAUGACGGCACUCAUAUCACGCGACUUCUGGAUUGUAGCCAUUAAAUCUAUUCUGCAUCGCGUUACCCGCGCAUGUCCAGUCUGCGUACGUUUUGACGGUAAACCACCACAACCGAUAAUGGCAGACUUGCCAGCCGCGCGAUCUGGAUCUGAUAUUGGCACGCAACACGCUGGACCGAUUCAAAUGCGCGAAGUCCGAUUGCGAAAAUUACCUGUGAACAAAGCCUAUAUCGCCGUUUUCGUGUGCUUCUCUGUCAAAACAGUGCAUCUAGAAGUGGUCACCGAGCUGUCAACCGAAGCGUUCCUCGCUGCCUUUGAUAGUCCAGACGGUCAAGACGCAAUUACACAAUCACAUUCAGCUUGUCAGUGGCAUUUUAACCCCCAAAGUGCGCCACACUUCGGUGGCCUCUGGGAGGCGGCGGUCCGGUCGGCGAAACGAUUAUUAAUUCGGACUAUGGGCACCCAUGUCUUCAAUUACGAGGAGUUCACGACUCUAUUAACUCGCGUCGAAACUGUACUCAAUUCAAGACCACUGACACCGUUGACCACUGUUCCAGCUAACCUCGAUUAUUUAUAUCCUGGGCAUUUUUAA